AACCAUAAUUCACGAAAAAGACAUAUCUAUUUGGUCUUUAUCAUUGUAAAAAGACUAGAUUGAAGAACACAGACUGAGAUGAAGAAGUUACUUCGGAAGUAACACACACACUUAUCACUUAUUAAGCUGUUACAAAUUUGUGAGUUUGUGAAUCACAGAGUGAGGUUUGCUGUGGAUGAACACUGUGGGUCUCCUUCACAUCCAUAUUUCGCUAAAAACAUUUUGUCGAACGAGAAGCGCACAGCGUAUCCAAAAAACGAGUUUCUCUGUCUCUGUCUCUGUCUCUGUCUCUGUCUCUGUCUCUGUCUCUGUCUCUGUCUCUGUCUCUGUCUCUGUCUCUGUCUCCGUUCCAGUUUCCGGAGUUGUUUGUGCUCAAAUUUGUCUCUUUUAUUUCCGUCUUUUGCGUUACAGAAGGGGAAAAAUUGUUUUAAACUUUUAAAAGAUAUGAAACAAAAGUCUAUUGGCUGAGUAAAAACAGGUAGAUCUAUAUAAUUCACUCUUACAACCGCACGUCGAUAUACUUUUACCUUUAGUUAGCACAAUAACAUCAGAAAUCUGCUUUUGACAAACCUUCGUAAACAUUUCCUUGUGUGACCGAGAGGAUACCCAACAAUGCCGGCAGUAUCGAUGGAUAGUCGGGGAAUUCCCGAUGCUGCAGAUCACCCAAAGAGAUAUUACAUGGAGAAACUGAGAGGAGUGAAGAAAAAGACAAAGAAAAGAAACAGCCAGGGAGGAAAAGAUGGCAAGAAGAAGAGAGGAGUGUCGAAAAAGACGAGGUUCACGAUCGUAGAGAUCAGGAGUAUGGAGGCCCCGGAGAGGGUACAGCAACUCAUGAAGCUUGCCGAAGAUGGGCGGAAGAAAAGCACCUUGCUACCGCCGCUUGAUAAAGAGGCAACAUUUUUACGCGCCCCAAGGAAAGGAGCCAGCCAUACGUCUUUCUCAGAUGACUUCACGGAAACUAAAAGGUUCAAGCGCGUCAGCGUGGAAAUGGACAGAAAAAUCGUCACCCACCUCAAACGCCACCUGAACAAACGGAUCCAAAAACGCUUUGACGGUCUCGGGGAGACCUGGGAAUACACGUCAGACGGGGAGGCCGGCCCUGCUGUAGGAACAGAUGGCUGGAGGAGCCAGCAAAAACAAGAAAGAGAGAGGACUAUUUUUCACAACUACUCCGAGACUGGAGAGAAAAUCCUGAACGGCGGCAGAGGGAGGCGCAGCUCGAGCCAAUCACCGACAAAGACUUCUGUGACGUCGAAUGGUAGAAGCUGCGCAAGUCUGAACGAAGAGCAUGGAGAAAAUAAUGUCGAUUCUACAGCGUCGAAUGCGAAAAGUUCUCAAAGACAAGAAGAUGUCAACCAAACAUUCUCCAAGCCAGCGCCUCUCCCUGACAUCAGACGAAAUAGCUCUCAAAGUACCGGCCCCAGCACAGGUGGCGACGCCUCCAGACGUACCUCGAUCAAGACCGUCAACGGAGGGGGGGAAGUGGCCAAAGUUCUCGUCACGCAGAUGUCACAGUCGAGUACAUUUGUUGGCCUAACUACCGAAGAGGCAAACGAUGCGGUACCUGUGUUUGAUCUUGGAGAUGAGGGGGAAGAGGAAGAUGCCACGUGA